UAUUAUUCACUACUCUACGCCUCUAUAUAAGCUUCUCACUUUGAUCAACUUCUCAUCCCACUCACAAGCACUCUUUCUCUCACUCUUUCUUGCUACUUCCUUUCUUUCAUUUCUAUUAACAUUCCUCUUACUAUUCCAAAUGGCCAGCGUUGAGGUUGCACAGCAAGUUCCAACACCUGUGGAACAAAUUGAAACAUUCCAGGAAACAACCAUAGAACAACCAGCCUCCGAGGUUCCUGCCCCAGAACCAACCAUUGAACAAGAACACCCAAAGGAAGAAACCACCGAAGAACCAAAAGUGGAAGCAGUAGCAGAAACAACUACAGAAGCACCUGCUGCUCCAGAAACCGAAGCCCCAGCUGAAGUUGAGACUAAAGAAGUGACAGAAGAAACCAAGCCUGAGGCAGAGAAAACAGAGGAACCAGAGGUAAAACCUGAAGAAGUGAAAGAGGAACCAAUAGUUGAGGAGACUAAAGAAACUGCUGCAACUGAGGCAGCACCAGUGGAGGAAGAGAAGUCAUCUGAGGAGAGCAAAGCAGCUGAAACCACUGUGGAAGCCACCACAGAAGUUGCUAUUGAGAAGACUGAAGCAUAGACCAGUGGACAGUAUGAGUGUUGAAAACUGAAAAAGGAGUCUAGUCCUUUUGGCAUGUGUCGAAGUUGAGAAACUUUUCUACUCUAUUUGUUUAUUACUUUAGUUUUAUUUUCCAUUGUGAUGGUAAGUCCUUGGGUAUGGCUUUGCGGCUUAUGGGGGAUAUAUAUAGCAAUAGCUAUAUUAUAAGCACAGCUUGGGGAUGGGAGGUUCAGGGAGGGUCCAACUAGUUUGGUCAGUUUAAGUGUUCUUCUUGGUUUGAAUAAAUUAUGUUCACUUUCAUAA